UGAGUCAAAAUUUCGGACUCUUUUCACCGAAACCGGUGUUUUGUUCCGGCGUUGCCCCAGGGUAGUGCGCGAGGGCCAAUAAAUUGUGGGUGCACGGGUGUAGUAUUUUUGGCGGGCGGCUAACUGCAAAAAAAGAUCAAUACUUUGUCUUUUUUAACAACCACUUCAUCAAAGGCCAGCGGCAGCAGUUUCAGCAAGAUGGAGUUCAACCCAACGUAUAUCUGCUGCGGUGUCUGCUUUGUGCAGUGUCUGGAGAAGGAGCUCCACCUUACUUCGUGUGCCCACAUCGCGUGCAGCGACCAUUUACAUGCGGACAGCUCUUUUAGGUAUACCUGUCCCGUGUGUAGGGCUAGCAGCGUCUCUAUUGUGAAGUUGGAUGCCAGUUUGCCCGGGGAAUUGAAGGAUUUUUUCAAUCCGAUUCCAGAAAAGUUGGAUUCAGUGUAUAAUGCUGCUAGGUUCCAGUAUACCACGAUGGCAGGGGGUAUGGAGUACUAUAGGAGAGCAAACCAAAAGUUGAACGAUAAGUUGAUGAAGCAGAAAGAGCUCUUGUACGCUGCUAAAAACGAAUUGACCCAGUUGGAUCACUAUAAGAAGAAAGUAUUCAGUUUAUCGGAGGAGGUUGCAAUUUUGAAGAGCCAGCUAGUGCAAAACGCCCCUCCUACCGCUGAAUUGGACUUUGACCAUGCUGGAUCAAUGGGUUUCGAAGGAAAUGAUAUAGAUCCAGGAACACACCCUUCACAUAAAAUGGAUUCGUUCAUUGAGAAAUUUCAUCGGAAUACUAUUCCAAAACCAAGUAUCACCCCAGUGUCCCUUUCUGCAGCCUCUUCUGGUAACGAUGCUUCUCAUUCCUUCCGUGGUGAGUCCACCAACGUCCAAGGGUUGCGCAGCUCUUCUUCAAGCAGACAUUCUAAUGAUGAACCGCCGGUUAAAAAAACUUCACUCUUCAGAGUUGCAAAGAAUAGAUCAGCCACCACCCAAUUGGCUACAAGAAUAUCAGCAAAUAUGAAAGUCGGUCCUACAAAUGAUGGGGGUAACUCGCUACGGUCGCUAUAUGCUGAUACAGAUGUUGCGAACAAAAAUGCGCCUGGAUCGAGUUUACGCCUUCGUCCAGGUACUAGCUCGCUUGGUGAUUCACGGGGGCGAAGAUACCUGUUCCUUCCUCGAAACUAAUUCGAAUGCUCCAGUAAAGACAGCC